UAUAGCAACUUUCUUCUUUUUUUAAUAAUCUGGGCCGAAAUGGUUAAAAAUAAAGGGAACUUAGUCAGUGUAGGGGCCUGGAGCAAAAAGAAAAUGUUCUCUGUGUCCUCAUUGAAGAAACUACUAUUUGAUCCAAACUACAUAACUCCAGUAUGUUUGUUGUUAUUUGUUGGAGAAAUUUUCCUCAAUUUGUAUAUUGUUGGCAAUGUAAAAUACACAGAAAUCGACUGGAUAGCUUACAUGCAGGAAGUUGAAGGAUUCCUCAAUGGUACUUUGGAUUAUGCAGAGUUAAAAGGUGAUACUGGACCAUGUGUGUAUCCAGCUGGAUUCCUCUAUCUGUACUCCAUAUUAUAUUACUUAACUUCUCAGGGCACAAACAUAAGACUGGCACAAUAUAUUUUCAUGGGACUCUAUUUGGCUCAAACAUAUCUCACUUAUGAUAUUUAUAGGAAGACUUGCAAAGUACCUGGUUACGCAUUAAUUUUAAGUGCGGCUACUUCAUACCGCAUCCACUCGAUUUACGUAUUGAGACUAUUCAAUGAUCCAUUUGCAGUUUUCUUCUUUUAUCUCUCAUUGCAUUUUCUAUUGGAUGGAAAAUGGAAGACUGCCAGUGUCAUAUUCUCGAUUGCUGUGUCCAUUAAGAUGAAUAUACUUCUUUAUGCACCGGCAUUGUUUAUAGCGUACAUAACAAAUCUCUCACAUCUGAACACAUUCAUAAACUUGGCUAUUUGUGGUGUGAUUCAGUUAAUUCUUGGUGCUCCGUUCUUAUAUACCAAUCCAUAUUCCUAUCUAAAGGCUAGCUUUGACUUGGGACGCGUUUUCGAGCACAAAUGGACCGUGAAUUACAGAUUUUUAGACGUCGAAAUCUUCGAAAACAAAGUUUUCCAUUUAAGUCUCUUGGCAGUGCACCUGGUGCUUUUGGGUAUAUUCGCAAAGCCGAUUUGGAGAUUCAUGCGAUCAUACGCGAAUCUGAGGGGACUGAUCGUGCAAAUGAGAAAUCAAACGCUGAAGAGCAGCAAGAAAGAAAAGGAAAAAUUGGAGAAGGAAGAUGAGCUGAGCGCAGAUCAGCAACAGUUUCUGGAUAAUCUGGAAAGGCAAUUCAAACACAGGGCCGGUGCUGUCAGCAAAAAGCAGCUGAAAAGCGAGACGGAAGAGAAAGUUACCAUCAAUUUCUACAAGAUAAGUCAGCUGAUGAUUCUACCCUUCUUCGUAACGAAUUUCAUCGGCAUUGUCUGCGCCCGCUCUUUGCACUACCAGUUCUACAGCUGGUACUUCCAUUCGCUCCUCUACUUGGCCUUCUCAACCAAAUACAGUAAACCGUUCACGUUCCUUCUACUCGCUCUCAUAGAAUACAGUUGGAACACCUAUCCAAGCACGAACGCUUCCAGUUCUAUACUUCACAUCUGCCACGUGUCGAUUCUUUUGGGUGUCUACAGUACGAUGACAGCAUAAUUAUUUUGAUUUUCGUUU